CGUCCACCUCAUCUGCAGCGCCAUGGAUAAGCACCGAGGCGAAAUGGCGCGCUGGCUCGACAUCCUCGUCGCCAAGGGGGUCCAAGAACUCGUCUUUGUCAACCGCCCUUGGCCGAUUGACCUGCGCCUCCCCGCCACGAUCUUCAGCUGCGCCUCCCUCACCCGCCUCUACCUCGGCAUCUGGAGGCUCCCGGACACCGCCGCUGUGCCGCGCAGUGUCAGCUUCCCCAACCCCCGGGAGCUCGGCCUCUGCUGGAAUGUCAUGGAGGACCGUGACCUCGCCUUCAUGCUUGAAAGAAGCCCCGUCCUGGAGUUCCUCGGCAUAAUGGGGAGCCAGACCGGAGUGCGCGUCCGCCUCGCCAGCCACAGCCUGCGCUGCGUCCAGCUCGGCUUUUCUUUCAUGGAGGACAUCGACGUGGUGGAUGCCCCUCGCCUGGAGAGGCUCUUCCAAUGGGAAACUGUUUCCGCGGUCAAUAGCCGGGCCAUGGCGAACCGCUCUUUCAGAAUCAAGAUUGGGCAUGCACCUAACCUGCGUGUGCUGGGAUACCUUCAGCCUGGAGAGCAAGAGCUGGUCGUCGUGGCUGGGAGCAAGGAGAGCAUUGUUCCAAGUGCCCAGAUUUUGGCCAUGGAGGUGCAGUUCGGUGUGCGCAAUGCUGUCAAGAAAGUGCCUGGCUUUCUCCGCUGUUUCCCCAACCUGGAGACUCUCCAUGUCCAGUCCACCCGCAUACUUGAGGAGUCCACUGGCAAGGUCAAUCUCAAGUUCUGGCAGGAGGGCGGCCCCAUCGAAUGCAUCCUGCGGAGCAUGAAGAAGUUGUUCUUCUACGAGUUCCGAGGGUCGAGAAGCGAGCUUACUUUCCUCAAGUUUAUCGCGGAGAGAGGUCGGGUGCUGGACCAGAUGGUGGUUGUGGUGGCCAGUGAGUAUUUCUCGUCAGGGGACAAUGUCAAUGCCAAGCUGAAGCCUCUGACCAAUGCGAAAUGGAGCAGCAAAGCUUGCAAAUUAGAGCUCUUCAGAAGCCCAUUCGAGGAGGUGUCAGGUCCUCCUUACUGCCACGAGAUAGCUUCUGAUUUUCGGUUUGCUGACCCUUUUGACCUCCAGUACUACGCCGAAGCAGAAAUGAUCUCUAUAAGUUAAUUAGCACCUCUUGUACAAGACUCUUCUGGUACCUAGCUAGACCUUAUGUUGUCGUUAGACCUGGGGAGACUAUUUGGCAAGCUGUGAAAUGCUUGUUUGUGCCGAGUCAAGUUUUAGGUUGGUCGAUGCUGGACGCAUAACAGAUGGAAUUAGAUAUCUAUCUAGUCAAUUGUAAUGGUCUUUCUGCUUUGUCAAACUG